ACAUUGCCUAUCACGUGUGAGCUAUGCGUGUAAGUGGUAUAGUUCGCGUAUAUGUUUUGCCGAUUUGUUUCAGUAAUCUAUUUUUGACCCUAUACUUCAGUUCCGUUUCUAGCCUAUAUCCUCCUUUUAGGCUACACGCACCAACUUAAGACAUCAAAUCGUCUGACGCAGUAACUUGAGUGGUUGUCGAUUGUCAGAACUAGGCUACACACUUUCAGACAGUUCAUUAUGAAUGGUUCAGGUUCCCUGUCUGCGCUGUUCUUCAACAGCAGCCCAGCCAACCUAAGUGCGCUGGAGUCCUGUGGCAUACACACUCAACACGUCUCGAUUGCCGUGCUGCUCUGCCUAGUCUUUGUGGUGGGCUUCUUCCUCAACUGCUUCAGCCUGUGGGUGUUCUGCUGCAUGAUGCCCAAAUGGAAUUCCGGAACCCUUCUUCAGUUCCAUCUGGUACUGAGUGAUGUCAUCAUCACCCUCACCACACCUCUCAUGGUGGCCUACUUCGCCCUUGGCAGCCACUGGCCAUUUGGGAGCUUCCUGUGCCGACUGAAGAUCGCUCUGCUGUUUGUCCACUUGUACGGCAGCGUCAUGUUUCUCACCCUGAUCAGUGUUCACAGGUAUAUGACUGUUGUCCACUUCAAGCGGAACCCCUGGAUAAAGCAAAAGAAGUGUGUGCAUGCUGUGUGUGCUGGGGUGUGGUUGCUGAUGCUGGCUAAAGGCACUGCUUGCUUUGUGGUCUUUGACACAAGUCAAGUGGACAACCACACACUGUGUCUCAGCAUCCACCAGGGAGAAUACAUACACACGUAUUUCAUCCUCAACGUUUUUUUGCUCAUCCUUGGAUUCCUCUUGCCCUUUUCAGUGGCUGUUGGGUGCUAUAGUCAACUAGCAAGGUCCGUGUCCCGGAUCAACAGCAACACAAAAAAAGGUCGCUCAAUUAAAAGCAAGUCCAACAAAAUGGUUGCUGUCUGUCUUGUUAUAUUUGUAGUCUGCUUCUUGCCCUUGAAUGUUAUUAGAACUGUGGGAGUUAUAGUCAAGAUGUUCUUCCCCAAAAACUGUGAUGUUCUACUGCAAGUGGAGACUGCAUACUAUGUGUCGUGGAUCAUUGCUGGAGCCAACAGUUGUUUUGAUCCACUCAUCUAUUGUUUUGGCUCACAGAACUUUAGCAGAGCAAUUUACAGCUCACUCAGGAAAAUUGGAAUCAGAGUUCAAACAGUUCAGCCCGCUAUAAUUGAUCAAGAUGAUCAGACAAAAGAUGAUCAGAUGGAUCCUUCAACAGUAAAUGUAAACAAGGGCAACAUAUCAUCUUCCUGCCUGUGAGCAUAGGGCACAAGAAUAGCUAAAGUUAAUAGACAUUGUCAAAAUCCAUCAUGUGUAAUCCUUCUCACCCCCUGCGCGGGACAAUGGGAGCGCUUAGCUCUUUUAGCAUUAGACUGCUGCACCCAUCUUGUAGAAGGAACUCUACCACAGCUCUUUCAUUCAGUCUGCCAUUAGGAGUUAUAAUACCACUAUUAUGAAAAACUGCACUGUUAUUAUUUAGGCUCAGUGUGAACUACUUCUAUUCUUUUCAACAAUUUAUUUUGGAUUCUUAUAUUGUUUACUAUUUCUGCUAUUUUAUUCUUAUUAUUGCUAGAUCCAUCUUCUCUGACUGUUGUAACUAGUACUUCCCCA